AUGGAUUUCACCUACAAUGAAUUUCCAAUAUCUGUGGACCUAAAUACCCUCAAGACUUAUUUCGAUCUGAAACAAUACAAUCCCAUCUACGAAGAGUUGACCGAACCGAAGGAUCGCAACUACAUUCUAAGCAACUUGGAUGUCAACCUUCCGUUAAAGAUUUUAAGCGCCCACAUUCGUGAUGAUUUCUUUUGGCGUAAAGCUUAUCAACACCGUUGGAAAACCCUUUACUACCGGACGCAUAGCUAUCCCUGUACUCCCCCACGGCCAGUUGAGCCACCCACCCUUGCCAAUCCUUGUCCCGGACAAAAGGGUAAAAAAGUGACAAAAUCAUGGCUUAACAUUUACAUGGAACGGCAUUUGCAGGAGUUCAUCGAAAAUCUCCCCACCACGGAAUACGAACAGGAAAAUGUUCAGACAACGGUGUUGGACAUUUGUGGGGGUUACAUAAAUCAAUUGGAGAUAAACUACCUACAGCCCAGCAUGGAUGGUAAUAAUGAUCACAUUCCACUUGAUUUCAUUUUGAGUAAUCUACCGGAAUUGCAUACAUUACGGCUGACAUAUUGUACGAAAACUAUUGGAACACAAUUCUAUUUGGGCUGUAAUACGAUGUCACGCAAGGAUGCGAAUAUUUUGGCCAAGGGUUUGGCCCAGUGUCAUGAAUUGGUGAAUUUUUGCUUCCACAACACCACCCUGGAACCAUAUCAACUGGGAUUAUUUGCUCACAGCCUCGAUAAGGGUUGUCACCAUCUCACCGCCUUGUCAUUGGAACACUGUAGUCUGGGCGAUGAGGGGAUACGUCAGUUUCUGGGUUCCUGUAACAAAGAGUCUUUUGGUACCUUGAAAUAUUUGGACUUGACAAAUAAUAAAAUAACCUCCGAUGGUGCCUAUAUCAUUGCCCGUGUUGUCAAGAAUUUAAAUUUAGAGAAAAUAAGUUUACGUCUAAAUCCAAUUGGUAGCGAUGGUGCGGCAGCCAUCUUUGGUAUUUUGGAUUGUUUGCCCAUGAGAAAUGUUGAUAUUUCGGGAUGCUCUAUAACGGAUACGAUAACAUUGUUGUUCGUUAAUUUCCUAUGUCAUAAUCGGACACUGUGGUAUAUCGAUAUGAGUAAUAAUGAAUUGGGAAUGAAUUUUGGUGAGCAGUUACUAAAUGUCAUUGAUCGCAAUAAGCAUUUGAAGGUGUUGGAUCUGAGAAAUACUGGCCUAACAUUGGAAAUGUGUAAUAGGGUUAAGAAUAUUUUAAAAGAUAAUUUUAAAAAUUGGGAUUAA